UGAAGUACUGAGGAAACGCCUUGUGAAAUCAACAGUUAACCCAAAUCUGCUUGACUUUAUCAAGUACCAGCCUCAGACUGCGACAAGCCAUCCAUUGUCAACUCGUUGUGGGACAUCUUCAAAAACGAUUGUCUUAUUGAAACGGGCUUUACAAAACGGACUUGAUAGGUAAUCCAAUUUUGACGUCACCAGUGACAAUCCCAACCACCGCCUUUCCUUGUGAUGGUGUAUAUGGCCACUUCUUGUUUCUAAACAUUCAAUCUCCUAUAUGUGACGUCACCAACUAUUUAAGCCUCCUAUCCCCACCCCCGUAUCCCCACCCUCACGCCCACCGUACCCUCUCGUCGACACUCCGAAAUGGCUGGCACAGAAGUAUUCAACAGACGAGCGAGUGACUUUGUCUGCAACUACAGUUCCACCCAAGGUCUGGAUUCCACAGCCCGCAACAAUUUGUGCCCCUCCAGCGACCACAAUAGCAACAGCAACAACAACAAUAACAGCAGCAGCAGAGGCAACAGCGGCAAUAUCAACAAUAGUAACGACAACAACAACAACAAUAACAACAACAAUUUCAACGGUAUUCAAGGCAAAUCUACGGCAGGUUCUCAGCAGACAAACCGCAAUGGGAAGGGCGGUAACUCGAGCAGACGGCACAACAAAGGACGACAUAGACCUCAAGAUUCCUUUGGAAAAUCCAACAGUAGAAGUCGGAAUUUUAGAGAGCAAACGAACUUUCCAGGAGAUUACGAUGUGAACAAGAGUGUUCCAGAAUCCUCCGUCCUCCCGCCUAUCAGCUUGCCAGGCCAUCUGAGCAGCAUGGGGCUCAAACCCGAGCAAAGCACCAUGUCCCCUCGCACUCUUGCCCUGGUCACCAACGGUCAGUCGCCUCAACAUAUGGCUUCCAGCAACGCGCUAUCUCGGUUGGCCGCCAGAGGUGGCUCAACUCCUGACGGACUCCUAAGAACAUCACAGAAUGUUACUGCCGGAUACAAUAACAGUAAUAACAACAGUUAUAACCACAUCAACGGUAGUAGUAACACAGGCGCUGCUCUGUCGGAGUCAGUGUUUAAUUCAAUGAUGGCGUCCACGUCUAGAACCCCUGUGAUCAACCCUGGCAAUCAACACUUAGUUACUUCCUCCAACUCCUCGGCUGUCGUGACUGCGGGCGCCACUUCUGCAAGAGGCCCGCGAAACGAAAACGCUGGAAAACGGGGCUCAUCACCUGAUCCAAAAAGCAAUGGUGGUGGUGGUGGUGGUGGGGACGUGUGUGCCUCCUCUCGGCUGUCACCCUCUGCUAUGAACGGAAGUGGCGACAAAGCGAAAAUAAAAUUCGAGAAGAAGCUCCAGAAGACCUUAGCGGACAACAACGGCCCCACACAGCAACUGACGUCAUCAACGACAAACCAAAACAACCUGCAGUCACCCCGAGGGGUCAAGGUUGCUAGUCCGUCUGAGGGUCAAGGUCAGGGAAAGCCCUCUCAGAACGAGACGUCACUUCUUGCAGCUCCCCCUCCUCCUCAGAGUCGGGAAACUAAAUCGAGACAGCGCAGAGCAAGCACGAAAUCAAGCCCAAAGGUAUCUACAUCUGGUGGCCCGGUCACUGCACAGCCAGAACCGUUUUCCAUUAGGCGAAAAAUUGAACAGUUCAAGAAAUGGCAUGAGGAGCAGUAUACCGACGAGCUAAAACGACUCAAAAUAGAGGGGGAUCCUUCACAGAGGCAAGAGCUUCGAGAGAUUCGCGCAGCGGAAAAUGAUGCCGUGGACUUCGCAAAGAUUUUGGAGGAAAAUAUUAUUCAAAACAGAAACUCCGAACUUAUUACAAACGCCUCGGGAAAGAAAGAUCUAAACGGAAGUGGCCUGUCUAGAAGAGAUAAAAGGGCGGCCAUUUUGGCUGCCAAAAUGCGGCCUGCGUCAGCGACGACGUGGAAAACGUGGCGUGACGUGAACGAUAGUGACGCGUACAAUGACGUGAAGAAAUACAUUGAGGAUAAUGAUCUCAUGGAUGAGGAGAGAGAGCAGUGGAUCAAGGCGUGGCUUGGAGAUGUCCGGCAAGCUAUGGAGCAGAUGGAGGAGGGGCAUACGGACUCAUAGAACAGUGUUGUUCUGUAGCACAUAGAACUCUAUUGUACAUUUAUGUGUAUUUAUCGAAUAAGAUACAUCUUUCACUCGAGCCAGGUUAUGUACGAGUGUUACGCCACUUUGUGAGUGACACAAGAAAAGGGCGUUUGGCGGUUGCUUUGUCCAACAUUAUCCUGUCCCACUGUUGUUUGUUCAUUUCUAUUAUUCUCUUUCACUGAUCUAAAUGAUCUUUGUUAACGUUCAUCGUCACCUAUCCUCGUAAUUUCCCUGACCAUUGUGGUAUCGUAGUAUAGAUAUAACAACGAGCAUGUUCCACUCCCUGCAGGUCUCAGCUUUAUGAUGAUGUAUCAGUCAGAACCAGUUCACUCUUUGAUGCUGUCUUCCCACCGUGGCCUCUAUC